UCCCUGAGACCGUCAUGUGAGAAUGCAGUGUGGUCCACGAGGACACCAUCAGAACCGUUCAAACCGGAACACUGCUCUUCCUCCUCCUCUUCCUCCUCCUCUUCUUCCUCCACGAGCCACUCCUCGUCUUUUCCGUGCGCGUGUGUAGGAAUGAUCUGAUGAUGAAGAUGAUGUCUGUCGUGUCUACUGUGGAGAACCUUCCCACACGCACGGAGAGUCCUGCAUCCAUCUACCAGCGCUUCAAGAACAUCUUCAGCAGAGACCUGCUGGUGACUUUGGCCUUCGGUCAAGUACUGUCCCUGUUGAUCUGUGCCAUCGGCCUGACCAGCAAGUACCUGGCUGAUGACUUCCACGCCAACACACCCGUAUUCCAGAGCUUUCUCAACUACAUCCUGCUCUUCCUGGUCUACACCACCACACUGGCAGUCAGGCAAGGUGAAGGCAACUUGUUGGCUAUCUUGAAGCAGCGCUGGUGGAAGUAUAUGAUUCUUGGCUUCAUCGACAUUGAGGCCAACUACCUGAUGCUAAAAGCUUACCAAUACACCACACUGUCCAGUGUUCAGCUGUUAGACUGCUUUGUGGUCCCAGUGGUCUUGCUGCUAUCCUGGUUCUUUCUGUUAGUGAGGUACAAGGCUGUGCACAUUGUGGGGACGUUGCUGUGUCUGCUGGGGGUGGGCUGCAUGGUGGGGACCGAUAUCCUGCUUGGCCGCCAGCAGGGCUUCGGUGAGCCAAAUCUCUUUGGAAAUCUUCUAGUUUUGGGGGGAGCAACCUUGUACGGAAUCUCCAAUGUCUGUGAGGAGUUCAUCGUGAAGAAUAUGAGUCGGGUGGAGUUCCUGGGCAUGAUGGGUCUCUUUGGAUCAUUUUUCUGCGGCAUCCAACUGGCUAUAAUGGAACACAAGGAGUUACUGAAGGUUCCAUGGGACUGGCAGUUAGGUCUCCUGUACGUGGGCUUCAGUGUCUUCAUGUUCAGCCUCUACAGCUUCAUGCCGCUGGUGAUGAAGAGAACAAGUGCCACCUCGGUCAGCCUCUCUUUGCUCACAGCUGACCUGUACAGCCUCUUCUGUGGCCUCUUCCUCUUCCAUUACAAGUUCUCUUGCCUCUAUUUGUUAUCAUUCUCCAUCAUCAUUUUGGGCCUUGUGGUUUAUUCCUCUGCAUCCACGUAUAUGGUCCAGGACCCUCGUGUCUACAAGCAGUUCAGGAACACCAUCAACCUGUCAGCCAGUGACCCACUCCAGCCUAGUCAUGGAGUCCUGGAACCUUCUGUAACCUACACCAGCCUAACUCCCGAGUCAGGGGAGGAGCCCAGUUUACGUGUCAUUUAAAAUGAUCUCUUUUUUACUGUUGAGAGCUUCGUGCUGUUUUCACUGAAAGGUUUGUACAAAGAACUGUAUCCACUCUGUUGAGCAGGUAAAACUGUGAUGACUCCAUGGAGAUUCCAUGUAUAGAUUUGGCUGAAACCACGGGUGAGAUUUACAUGUCAGUGUCCAAGUUGCCAUGACAACAUGUACCUAAAAAUGAAGUGACUGAACGUUAUAAAGUAAGACUAGCAUACUGCAGUGAUUGUAAAUGAUGAAUGUAUACUUCGGGGGAAACAAGUAUUUUCAUCCCCUACUGAUUUGUACAUUUGUACAUCAUUUUUAUGCUAGCUUUACUGUACGAGAGAAAAAUAAUGUAAAAUAUAUAUACAGUAAUCCCUUGUUUAUUGAUGAAUUGGUUCUGGACCAGACUGUGAUAAGUGAAUUUCUGCAAAGUAGGAUUCCUUAUUUAUAAGUGGAAUAAUAUUUUUGGAGUUUUCUGUUAGAACCUUCUAUGCUAAAUAUGUUUUUCUUUAUAUUAUUAUAGCCAUCUAGACAGGAAAUGACUAAGCAACAAAUAACAAAAUGAAACA